AUGACGAUUCGUAACAAUAAAGGUGUGAUGGUGCUGGACAUUUUGUCGCCGCCUCAGCUCGCGUGGUUGGCCAAGUUUAUUGUGCACCCGCCCGAGUGGGUACCGUAUGAAACGCAGCGCUCGUGUAUGGUGUGCUCACGCAAGUUUGGCCUACUUGUGCGACGUCACCAUUGCCGAUUGUGUGGACGUAUUUGUUGUGGCCCUUGUUCCAAGUACAAACGUCACCUCCCGUUUACGGACACGUCGGUUAAGCAGACAAGGAACCGACGACACGAUUUGAUGAAGGUUUGUAGUACGUGCAUUACUGUGCGGGACGCUGCGCACGAUGAUUUAUCGUGGGCAAGCACAACGGCAGAUCGGCUGGUCGCGAGCGACGGUGUGAUGGAUUAUCAUGAUUAUUAG